AGCUAUGGAUUUCCAUUAGUCUCCUCAGAUAAGAAUCAUUCUUUCCUUCUUCUUCUUCUUCUUCAUCUUAAGCGAUUUCUUUUCCUAUCUUUUGUUGGGAAAUUAAGUUUGCAGUAAAAAAUGAGUAUUGAUCCGGUGGAGCUUGCUUUAGGUGCUGUUCUAGGAACAGCAUUCAGUGUACUCUAUGCUGGCGUUGAAGAUCUGAUUGCCAAGAACCACUUGUUCAGAGGUCUCUUCAAAGACAUCAAAUCCAAGCUAGACACCCUGAAGCCACUCCUCGCCGAUAUGACACUGUCUAACAAGCAAUUGUUGUACGCAAACAACGAUGAGCUUAGAGGUUUAGAACAAGUACUCAAGGCCGGUGAAGAGCUCGUUCUGAAGUGCUCAAAGGUUAGUAAGUGGGAUCUCUACAGAAAGUAUAAAUACGCCACAAAGCUUUUUGCAUGGGGAGAAGAUCUUGAAAGCCAAUUCAAGCUGCUGCAGGUGCACGGAAUCAGGGAUGGGAAGAGGACUGCGGUGGGGGUUAGCCAAAUAUCUAGUACUCUGGAGGAAGUGAACCAACGCAUGAAAGAGAAUUUUAUGAUACAAGACCAAUCUGCUUGGUGUGGAGUACCUGCACUUCCGGAGAUUAUAGUUGGAUUGGAAGCUCCAUUGGAGAAAUUGAAGACAGAGCUUCUUGGGAAUGAAGGAUUCUCAAUGCUUGUGCUCACUGCUCCGGGUGGAUGUGGGAAAACUACCUUGGCAACAAAGUUUUGCACAGAUCAGGAAGUCAAAGAUAAAUUCGGUGAAAAUAUCUACUUUGUCACUGUUUCCAAGAAGUAUAGCUUAAAUUCAAUUGUAGAACAACUAUAUCGACGCAAGGGUUGUCAAGUUCCUACUUUCCAGAACGAAGUGAAUGCAGUUCAAGGGCUGCAACAGUUUUUAAAGGAUGAAGGAGGGAAACCCUUACUGUUGGUCUUGGAUGAUGUUUGGUCCGGAUCAGAUUCUCUUCUUCACAAAUUUGAUUGCAAAAUGGCAAAAAUGAAGAUUCUGGUGACAUCAAGAUCUGAAUUUCGAGCAUUCUGUCCUCCAUAUCGUCUAGAAAUGUUGGGUUGUGACGAUGCAAUGAAACUUUUUCAUCAUUCAGCAUCCUUGGGAGAUAAGAGCUCUCAUAUUCCACUAAAGCUUGCCAGAAAGAUAGUAGAGCGUUGCAAGGGAUUUCCACUUGCCAUUACAGUGGUGGGCAGAUCACUUUGUGCACAACCUAUAGAGAUGUGGCAAGACAGACUAAAUCAAUGGUCUAAAGGUUCAUCUAUUUUUGAUUAUGAGACUGAUUUACUUCUUUCCCUCCAAAGCAGCUUGGAUGCUUUGGACAAGGAAAGGGCUAUCAUCAAACAAUGCUUCUUGGACCUUGGUUCAUUUCCUGAAGACAAAAGAAUCCCUGUUAAUGCCCUUAUUGAUAUAUGGUCUGAGUUAUAUGAUGAUAUACAUGAAGACACUUCGUGUAUUGCAGCCCUCUACGAACUCAACAACCGGAGCCUGGCUAAUCUUACAGACAAUAGGGCGGGGAAAUUGGAUGGGGAAGGAUAUUAUGAUGACCACUAUGUCACCCAACAUGAUUUGCUUAGGGAGCUGGCUAUUUUUCACUCGAAGCUAGAAUCGGCAGAGCUUAGAGAAAGAUUGUUCAUAGACAUAUGUGGAAGCAAUCUUCCCAAAUGGUGGAGGGAACAAAAGUAUCAAGCUUUGAAAGCUCGCCUUCUAUCUAUAUCAACUGAUGGAGAGUCUUCAACUUUGAAAUGGCCAGACAUGCAUCUGCCAGAAACAGAGGUACUAGUGUUGAAUUUGCGGGAGAUAGAGAAGUAUGCUAUACCCGAAUUUGUGGAGAAAAUGGAGAAUUUGAAGGUACUAGUAAUCACAAAUGAGGAUUUGCCGAGAUGUGAGUUGACCAAUCCUCAACUAUUAAGUUGGUUCUCCAAUCUAAAGAGAAUGAGAUUAGAGGGCCUCUCAUUAUCAUCCAUAUUAAAGAACUCCAUACAAGUGAAGAGUCUUCGGAAGUUGUCUUUGAUCAAAUGCGAAACUGAAGAUAUCAGUUCAGAAAAGUUUUCCCAUGCUUUUCCAAAUCUUGAAGAGAUGUACAUGGACCAAACUGGUAUUUUGAAGCCAUUAUUUCGCGGGUUAUGUGAUCUGAUUUCCCUAAAGAAGCUCACCAUCUGCCUGGCACAUGGAAUAGAAGUUCCUGACGAGAUUGGAAAGUUGGUCAAUUUAGAAGAAUUGAGGUUGAUGUCAUCGAUUGGGCCUUCAAAGUUUCCAGACUCGAUCAGGAACCUCAAAAAGUUGAACACUCUUUGCGUGUUAGAUUGCAUGUCCUUGAAUGAGUUACCUGAAUGUAUUGGUGAAAUGAGGAGUCUAAGAAAGAUGGACACGAGGGGUUGCGACGAGCUUAAGAAGCUGCCGCUAUCAAUACUGAAUUUGAAGCAGUUAGAGGAGGUCAUAUUUGAUGAAUAUACCGAAAGCGCAUGGCAACCCCUGUUGCCCAGUCUCAGUGACAAAAACAGAGACAUACACAUUGUUGUUGCGGCCAUAGAUCCCAGAAGACUGGAAAAAAGAAGUGCUGAGAUGUGGUUCUUCGCCGUAGAGAGAUUAUACAUGCGAAUUUAAAAAUAUCAAUUAAAAGUUAAAAUAUUCACCAAACUGUUCAUUUGAAAGUUUUUGUUUAAUCCUCAUAAUAAAGUCUUUAUUAGAAGCUC